AUGGGUGUGGUUCAUCAUGAAUACUUGAAGGACCCCCCUCGACGCGCUCUGGAUGACGUGAGUAUCGCUGGCUUGGGGCUGGCGACUGCCGCAUGUGACGCUGAAGACCUGUAUCGGAUGACGCGCGGAGUGUGGACUCCUGCCCACAUUUGGCCAGGCGAAAAAGUAAUAGUUAACAUUGAAGAGGCUCCUGGCUCAAGUGAGGCGCCUGGCUCAAGUGAGGCACCUGGCUCAAGUGAGGCACCCGGCUCCAGUGAGGUUCCUGGUUCGAGCGAGGUUCCUGGUUCGAGUGAGGCACCGGGUUCCGAUGGCGGGGCGCCCGGCGCCGACGGCGGGGCAGUCGGUUCUGACGGCGAGACACCCAAUUGCGAAGGCGGAGCAGCCAGCGUGGAAAGUCGCGAAGUGGUGAGUGCGGUGAUCUUGGUGAACGUGGCGGAGCGAGUGGACGGCGGUGCAGAGGGCAAGGCAGGGCAGCGGAAGCGCGAAGGUCAACCCGCACCGAAGCAAGCGAAGCGGCGGCGGAGAGAGACCGGCACGACGGCGGAUGUGGACCUCACAGGUCUGCCGGAUGAGCCGGAGGAGGGUGCGCUUCUGGACGAGGCAGACGACGUCUUGAUGGUCUCGCUAGACCACACGGUUGCCGCGCUGCCGUGUGCUGCCGCCGACUCCGACGGCAGCUCCGUGGUUGAGGUUGUAUCCGGGGACCAAGAGCCGGAUGACCAAGACCCGGUGGACUUGCUGAACUAUUGGGACGUGGGGGACGACGACGCGGAGCUGCAGACCCACGCGGGCCUCGCCAUGGGCUGUCCGUCACUGAAGGUGUGGGAACGGCGACACUGGCUGUGGAGCAAGUUCGACCAGGGAGUACGGAUGGACGAGACGGCUUGGUACGAGCUCACACCGGAGUGCUACGGGCGCAGGAUCGCGGAGAAUCUGCGGGCCGUGCUGGCCCAUCCCACCGAAAUAAAGGACUUCCACAUCAAGGCCGGAGACCGUUCCGAAGAAACGGGAACUACAGAGCCCGUAACGGCGAAGAAACCGAUCUUGGUCGCAUGCAGCGGGGUUGGCGGGGACGCGAUUGCGCUCGCCUCGGUGCUGCGUGAGCGAAAGGUGGUUUGCGUGGACGUGUGUGAGUCCAAGACGGCGCUCCUACGACACAACGCACAAGUCUACGGCGUUUCCGACCGCAUCGAGGCCGUGGUCGCGAGUGUCGAGAACUACGCCAAGCUGCAGAAGAACAAGAUCGUCGCCAAGACCGUUGAACAUGAGUGCUGGGCACCCUUCGUGGUUAAGGCGGACGCACGUGGUAAGGCAAGCGGUAAGACAGACAGUGAGUCUAGCGCCAAUGCUACCGGCAGUGCUAAGACGGACGCCUCUAGCGAGUCGGAGGUGGGUGGGCAGAGGAUCGUGGGUGUGAUGCGUGCGAUGGUGACACGACAGAAGCUGGAGCGGCCGUUUCCGUGGGCGGUGGUGUCUCCUCCGUGGGGCGGUCCGGAGUAUCGUUCGUGUUACUCGUACUUCAUGAGUGACCAGACGUGUUGUGACAUUGUGGGAAUUGUGCAGGCGUGCAUGACGAUUGCGGAUAACCUAUGUUUGAUCCUGCCUCGGAAUCAGGACGUAGACGAGUUAAUCCAUUUAUCUUGUCACGGCUCACCGGACGGGCACCGGUUCAACUUCCUGCAUGUACAUCGGAUGUAUGAGGCUGCGGAUGGUUACCCCAUUUUGACGGUGGCUUACCUAACCCGCGAGGCGUCUACUCUUCCCCAUCUUUUUCCAACUGCAGAAGACGUGAUCAACCUUUACGCAUCAUCUAAUUCCAAACAUAUGAAGAGACUCAAACAAGUCAAUCACCGCGAAUACCAGACCAUUAUGUCCAAGAUCAAGCCGACACUGAGGCCACCAGGUCUCCCCAAUGUCGGCGUCGACCGCGAUGUGCUUUUGAGGAAGAUCCUUAACGAUCGAAAAAAGUUCGAGGCAGCCACCAAAAAACGGAGAGCUACCCGAGACGGAGAGCAUGGCGGAAAUGGGGGGAAAGGCGCUGAUGGAGAGCAUGGCGGAGGGCAACGGGCAGAUGGAGAGCAUGACCGCGAGGAAGGAGCUAUAGAGGAAGACGGGGCGGUGGACAACGGAGCAAAGGGUGGUGCGUUCGGAAAGUGCUCGCACGAGCUGGCACACGACGAACGGGUCUACUUGCGAUCACUCGAGAACGUGGUGUUUGUCAAGUUCGUGCUUAGUUGGCUCAAGGAACCCACCUACCAGAUCGGAGGUACCGAACUCUGCUUGACGCUCGUGGGCACUGCGGCCAGUCUCAACGUAAUCGCCGAAACCAUCAGAGUCUGCCGCUCCGGUGGCCUCCUCCAAUUGAACGGAGAAACACCCCGCACGGAAGGGGGCGUCUUCUUCCAAGUCAUUAAAGCUUGGUUCCCUGAUGCUUACAAAACUCUCCGAAAAUGGCGGAAAAAGAACCUCGAAUUCAGCCGGGCGAGCAAAAUAAAUAAACGGGCUUAG